AUGAAACCCGUCGACGAGAAACAAGAUAAGGUGACAAUCAGAGCGGUGAGCCACGACGAAGAAGGAAAGAAGAGAGUGGAGAAGGAAGAGCUCAACACUCACAACAUAGACACCGUAAAGUACGUUGAGAAGAAGCUCGUCAACAAGGGUGUCCAGCGUCAGGAGCGCCACCCCGUCGACGGCAUCGGCCUAAGAAGGCCACCGCCCAAGUCCGGCCACGGCGGGAAGUACACGUGGGAAGGGCCUGCUGACACGGUGGACAACGAGUUAAUGGCGGUGCCACCGGCCAUCGACGAGAAGGACCCCAACUAUGUGGACGAGGAAGAUGAGGUGUCUGAGUUAGUGGUUGGGGAGGUUGAAGUGUCUAAGGUUGCUGAGGAUAAAGAAGGCGUUGCAAGAGUUGAUGUUGAUCCUCGCUUGCAUGUUUACUAA